AUGGUGGUAUUAGUUUUGCAAUUUGAGGUCUGUAGCCAUGGAUUCGAAGAGAUUCAAGUGUCCAUAUCAUUGAUUCUAGUUUCUAGCAAAGGUGUUCCAAAGAUGCGUCAGCACAAGAAUCGUAACGUUGGUUACAAAUUUGCGAAGAUUUCCUUGGGGGCAUUGCCAACUUUAGCUGAGAGGUCUUCGUCUGCAAACAAAGGUGUCUUUGAGAAGAAAUAUAGGAAGAUACUGGAUAUUCUAGACUCGCCUUUGACAGAAUACCAGGAAGGGGGAGUUCAUACACUCUUGCACUUUUAUGAGCCGUCUUUACGUUGUUUCACUUUUGUGGACUUCCAGUUGUUGCCUACCUUGGAGGAAUACUCGUAUCUGGUAGGAGUUCCUGUCGAGCGUCAGGUUCCGUUCUAUAAUACCAUGGAGGUUCCAUCAGCUGAAGGGUUGGCGUCUGCUCUUUAUUUGAGCCAAUCAUGGGUGAAAGCUAAUUUUGAAUCUAAGGUUAACCGUUCUGGUUUCUCUUUGAAGUGUCUGCUAAAGAAAGCCCAUGAUGCUGCUGACAAGGAAGUUUGGAGAGAGUUCAAUGCUGUAUUGGCUUUAUGUGUCUAUGGGAUAGUCUUGUUUCCCAACAUACCUGAAUUCGUGGACAUAAAUGCCAUUCGUAUCUUCACAACAGGAAACCCAGUUCCUACUCUUUUGGGGGACGUGUAUCAUUCAGUGCAUUCUAGAAACCAUAAGGGAAGAGGAGGUAUUGUGAACUGUUGCCUUCCAUUGUUAUACAUGUGGUUUAAUAGUCAUAUGCCUUGCAAAGGAGCUUUCGUAGCUACUCGAGAUUCCUUGACCUGGGCGAAAAGAUUGAUGGGAUUAAGGGCUAAGGACAUUCGCUGGUAUACUCCAAAGUUAGAUUGGAAAGAUGACGAGAUGGUGUCUGAAUGUGGGGAUUUUGAUAAUGUCCCUCUUAUAGGAGUUAGAGGUGGUAUUAAUUAUAACCCACGUCUCGCUGUGCGUCAGUUGGGUUUUGCUCUGGUGAGUCCUCCCAAAGACAGAUUCGUGAAAGAAUCCUUAGUGAGAAUCAAAGCGGAUUUGGGGAAGAGAGAUUGCAUUGCUCAUCCUGAUUAUACGGAGUGGGUGGAGAAGAGAGCAAAAGACAAUGGGUUGCCUUUCCCUUUUGAGGACCCUUUGUACACGCAUGGUCCUGAUUUUCCUGUUGAUAUGUCGGUGGGAAAGUUUCUAAAGACAGCGGAUGCCAAUGAACAACUUCGUGAAGAGAAUUUGGAUUUGAGUAUGAAGUUGUUUGAUGUCAAUCAAGAGAAGAAGGACUUAAGCCGUAAAUUGAGGAUGAUCGGUGAAGGUUCUGGCAGGAAAGCCAAGGCACAAAAGAGACAACACGGUGGUAUCACUGUUGCUGAUGAGGUUACUGAACUAAAGAAGGCGUUAGAAGAAGCUGAAGCCAGGUAUUUAGAGAAACAACAGGAACUUGAUGAAAUGGCGGUUUCCAAAGAGGAGUUGCAAAUCCAACACGAGGCGGAAAUAGCGAGUUUAACGUCAUUGCUUCAACGCAGUGAUGACAGAAUCGAUGAAGGCUAUGCACAGAGAAAGAGGCUACAAUGUCACCUCCAAGGAAGUCAAGCCCGGUUAGACAAAGUGUUGAAAGAGAAUCAGACUCUAAGAGAUCAACUCCAAGAGAAAGACGAGAUCAUUCGAGGGCUCACUCAGAAGCCAAAUCAGUGA